CAAAACCCGUUGCUACUGCAAGCGAUUCCGUCAACCGACUAUGGGACGUUCGACGUAGCCGGUGAAGCCAAAGAUGCAGUUGAUAGUCGCUCCUGCUUGCGUGCACCUGAUUGGGCCGUGCCGCAGGCAAAAUUCCAAGUACUUUGCGAAGAGGUGACAAUCCCGUCCCAGUAUGCGUUCAUAUCUGAUAGUAGAGCGUUUGGAAGAGUCGAUUCUGUCUCUCAGUUGCCAAGCGAUUUGUUCGCACCUUACGUGGCCCAGGAAGAAGCGACUCUGGACAGCCUUGGAGCUGAGUGCAACUCCCGCACCGUAGAUACCACGAGCCAUUGCGUCAAGAUCACCGGAUGCGUGAAGAGUGAAAUGUGGAACAUCUGGUGGUACAUACGACCGACUGACGUGCAACCAUCACCCCUCCUUUCAGCCCCCUGUCACGUACCCACUACUCAUCAUGGACAACAUCCUCGCAUCCCUGGCGCAGUUGCCGUUCUUCCCCUGGGAGUGGUCACACAGCGGCAACUUCUCUCCCCACUGACAAAACAGCUUUCACUGCCUCCACUUGCCACCACAUCGCCUACUGGACAGGUCUCCCUGAGCGAUGAUCGAGUUCUUCCAAAUCAUCUCCCUCACCUACCAACAGAUAUCUUCAAUUCCCCCGGUGGAAAUGAACUCUUACAAAUUCAUUCUACAGCCGACACCUUACCGACCAAUACAAAUGUUUUGGCUAUCAGUCCUUCGCGUGAACUGAACAGAACUUCAUCCGGUCCAUACAUGGCGUUACAUGUACCGGAUAGUUGUGAAGAAACCGAGGAAUCCUUGCACGAUGCCGCGCAUCCUUGGGUGCGUCUGGCUACUCCUCCGCGUCGUCCGCCCUCGACUCCAAACGAAUGCAACUCAAAGCCUGACGAGGGCACUGAUGCUACGCCUGCAAAUGGUGCAAUCCGAACGAGAUUUUCACACCUCGUGUCUAACAUUCCCUCAUCUCAACCGGUGACAAAUUCGGCGGAUAAGGAUGUACAAAAAGUUGAACCGAAAGGAAAAUCCAAUCGUAGUCGUGGCAUUUUGUGGUUUCGAAAAGGCCCUCAAACUCCUGUCCAAACAAACUUGGUUCGAAUCUCGAAUAAGCCGGAUGGUUCCAGUGUAUUAUCAGACGUCAACACUCUAAGCUGCCAGGAUGACGUCAUAGAAAAUCAAGCGCCAGAGGCUAUCAAUACAGAUUCACCACACAGUUUGAAAGUGGACAAGGAUUCAACCUGGGAAAGUUGUUCAGAUCUAUUGAACAUUUCCGGCCUUCCUAAAGGUCAAUACCUUUCUCCCAGUAUGAUUUCCCUACCUGGGAGUACAUUGCUAUCCGACUCAUCUCCGACGGUCCCGUCGAACCCAGGCGCAGUUUUGUCGGCUUCCGGUUUCUUCACGGAUUCGGUCGGGUCUAUUGACUUCGCGCCGUAUGAUAAUCUUGAGUCAGUUUUCUCUUGUACAAAGCAGAUCGUCGAUAAUUCACCGCCACUUUCACAGCGUGUACAGGAUCCCGUCAAGCACGAACGGGGAAGCGCUAAGACAGAGUUAUUCAGAUCGGUCAUCAAACUAGAGCCAUCUUGCAUCCUGCGCGAGUCAUCAGAACAAAGCUUCACGACUAAAGUGGGUGUGAAGCCACAAAGCCCCAUUUCUCAAGUCUCGCGUAUCACUAAACAGCUCUCUUUGGAAAGCUCGUCUCCGCUAAAUUCCACAUCAGUACACCCCCGAUCCUACUCAGUUGAUCACCCCUCGAGCACUUAUUCGGUUCCGAAUUUCAGGACCCCACUUGGGACCAAGUCGGAAGGCCGGGGUAUUGUCAGACGUAAUUUCAUUGAACGCGACUCACAAGCUACGCCACAAUUUUCGGGUAGACCGACAUACCCUUUUGGGCGGGACUGUCGAUUCGUAUUCCAAGCACCUGUGGAUAGUGAAGAGGAGGAAGAAGACAUCCACAACCGGCGCACUCCGGCCACAACACCAGAUGGGCUAGCGUUACAACGCCAAGAAUAUCGCCAACUCUGGGUGAAACGGGCCGAUCGCAUUAGCCGUUUUCUGGAAACCCGUCCCGGUGUUGAGACCCUGAUUGAGAAGAACAUUCUACCCUCUCGGACACCGGAGGAGCGCGCAGAGUUGCGAAUAGAGAUUGAAGCCACUUUGGAGCGGCGUUUGAGUCAGAGACCCACGGCCGGUGAACUGGAGCAGAAGAACAUUCUGCAUUUUGAAAGUGAAGAGGCUCGAUUAAAGGCCAAAGAGGAGAAAAAACGCAUCCUAACACGCAAGCUUUCCACUCGCCCGACGGUAAAAGAACUCCAGCAGCGUCGGAUUAUCCGUUUCAAUGAUUAUGUCGAGAUAACCGAAGCAGAAGUGUACGAUCGACGUGCAGACAAACCAUGGACACGAUUGACUCCGCGUGAUAAGGCUGACAUUCGACGUGAGCUGAAUGAAUUCAAAGCCAACGAAAUGGAUGUACAUGAACAAAGCCGACAUCACACCCGGUAUCACCGACCUUGACCCAAUUUACGAGUGAAUAUCGACUUGGAUAUUCAUUGCCCGCAUCCACGACUCAUUCUACAUUGGCCUUUACACAGUGCCUUUCAUCCUGCCACUGCGCUUCACUAAGCAGCGGCUACCUGUUCAACUCGUUUGGUACCACGAACCCGGUGUCUACACCCACUGGCACUCGCUUAUUUGUUGUUCCAUGUCUCCGGUCAUUGGGACUAAUCCGCUGCGUUUUCAACCUGAUUCUCGUCAAGGCCCACUACCAAUCGUGCCUUGCUAUUCUCUUUGUUGAUUUCUCAUUUGAUCAGUUCGUUCGUAUUCAUUCUGAAUACAACAUUCGAGACUUUGAUCAAUCUGGUUUAAUGCAAUCCCACCCCUGUUCUGUCGCCAGCACCAUCACAUGCAAUGUACAUACAAACUGUUAAUUUCGAUUGGUCGUUGAAUGCGUUGGUCUUUUUCAGUCUUUUUUCCAGAUGUUUUCAUUGACGCUCUUCAAAUGUCUCUGUACUUGUAGAAUCCUACCCCUGGAAAUAUUUAAUAUCACC